UGGUAGAUUACAGUAAUCAUUAGUGUGACAGGAGAGUUUCUCUCGUGUGUGUGUGUGUGUGUGUGUGUGUGUGUCCAUCCCAUAGAGACAGAACAGAGCUGGACGACAGGAGCAGGACUGUUCAGGGUCUGAAGAAUGGAUCCUCCUCAUCCUCCUCAUCCUCCUCCUCAUCCGAACUCCAGCAGAAACACUCCUGGGACAGGAAGAGAUUCUGAAACGACUGGAACCGACCAGACAGACACAAACGCAGCUGUUCCUCCGGCAGCAGACAGGCAGCCUCAGUGCUCCGGUGGAUACACCGUGAUUCCGCCUAAUGAAUUUCGACGGAGCAAGUUGAUAAGGAUGGCUCAGGAAGAGGAGGAGGCUCGUCAGCGAUGGAAAGAGACGCACAGAGUCCCGUACGUGCAGCCGAUUUCAGAGAGACUGGGUGGCGAUGUCACGCUGGCUGAGGCCAGAGACAAGCAGCUCAGAGACCAGCAGCGCUCCAGAGUGCAGAAGAAGAUGAAACAGGAUGAGCUUGACAAGACGAGGAGGCAAGAAGAGGAGGCGGAGCUGCAGAAGAAGAAAGACGAACAGAGGAGGAAGGCGGAGCGUCUGGUGGCGAGAGAGCAUCAGGACCAGCAGAGGAGGAGACAGCAGCUGGAGCCGGAUUACCUCAGGACGUCUGACCGUUUCCUGCAGAGUCUGGAGAGGAGAGCCCCGGAUCCACGGGCGUCCAGCGCUGCCUCACACACGUCAUCCACGAGCGAAGUCGUGCCGAGUCAACAGAGAGAGAAAGUUCAGCUGGAUCACAAGAGGGUGAACUCGGCCUUUCUGGACAACCUCGAGGGUCGGGGCGGCGGCGGGAGCGGGAACCCGCCGAGGAGGGACGGUGUCCGGGAGGCGGGGGGCUCCUCCGCGGCCCCUGGAGGUUCGGGCCACCGGGCGGCGUCCACGGCGAGCGGACGCCUGACGGCUGAUCCCGAGCAGAGCUGGACACAGGAAGAUGACGCGGAGGCCGACUGCGACUGGGCCCUGAUGGAGCUGGUGAACAGCUUCCCAGGCUGCAGCAGGGUUUUCCUGGAGGACAUCCUGGACCAGUGCGACGGCGACUGCGAGCGGGCCGCCGCGCUGCUCAGCUGAACUCCGCCCCCCUUCGUCUCGAUGCCGUCGCCUCAGGGGAUUCAAAGAAUAAAUGUACAAUCAUUGUUGAGAUGUUAAAGAAGAGCUAGGAAUCAUUUUUGUCCAACCCGGGCGGACGGACGGACGGACGGACGGAGAGCAACUGCACCUACUGUAGCAUGUGCUCCUCUCAAGAUGUUUUUCAUUGCGCUUAUUAAUCACAGCGUUGCAUCCGUGUGUGCGACGCACCGGUGAGUCACAGCCAGUUUAGACGAAGGUCGUCGCCGUGACUCACGAGUCUUCAGAUCAUAUUUUCCGGGGGGGAUAUGGAUUAAAUCAGCGCGUGUGUGUGUGUGUGUGUGUGUGUGUGUGUGUGUGUGUGUGUGCGAGCCUUUUUGUUUGCUUUAUAAUCAGUCACGUGAUGCGUCGACAGCAGGAUCGAAGAGCCUUUUUUAUGAUCGUGUCAGUUCAGCGUCCUAACGGACGUCAAUAAAUGUCGUUGAAAUCCA